AUGAUGAAUCAAUACCAUCAUUCUCAAACAUAUACAAAUUUUCCAUCUCAUCAUCAUUUUCAUCCUAAUAAUACAACAAUAAGUAAUAAUAUUACAACUAUUUCUCAAACACCAACAAUAACAUCAACAAAUUAUAAUUUACUUGAUGAAAAUUAUUUUUAUACAUCAUUUUCAUCACCAAAACAUUAUCAACCAAUAUUUUAUGAUUCAGAAAAUUCUUAUGAACAAUAUUCAAUUGAUAAUUCAACAACAAUUGAAUCAAUUUAUCAUCCAAAUCAAUCAUAUGAUCAAUGUCAUAAUUAUUCAAAUAAUUUACAAUUAAAUCAACAAUCUUAUGAAGAUUUUUCAUUAUCAAAUAAUCAAACACAAAUUAUUGAACAGUCAUCAAUUGAACAACAACCAAUUGUUGUUACCGAAGCUAAAUAUAAAUGGAUGCAAAUUAAACGUACACCAGCUAAAACAUCAGGUAAACCGACAGAUUGUAUCUAUGGUUCAUCAACAGAUUGUUUAACGAAUAAUUCAGCAAAUACUGGCCGAACAAGUUAUUCAAAUAAACAAUUGACUGAACUUGAAAAAGAAUUUCAUUUCAGUCGUUAUUUAACACGAGCAAGACGUAUUGAAAUAGCUACAUUAUUACAAUUAAAUGAAAAUCAAGUAAAGAUUUGGUUUCAAAAUCGUCGUAUGAAAGAUAAAAAAAGAAAACACGGAACCGAUAAUCUGGCGUAUGAUUCAAUGUGA